UUGUUGUAUAAAUUCUAUCUCGCCCAGUUGGAGAGCGUAUUGAUUUCGGGCAUUAGUAACCUCGAUACGACUUCAAUAUACUGAAGUCGCAAUUACUGUGCUCCUAGUAAUAAUACCUAUUGAUUCAACACAUGACUAGCUGCUGACAAAUAUAAACACACUGUUUGUUAAGCAUUUUGGUAUAAUUACUCCAUUUCCUUAAUACAACCAAGAUCACAAAAAAGAUACUAGAUACCUAGCGAAAUGGUUUCCAUUUAGUCAUUACAUUACUAGCCCGAUCAAACCAAUGCAGUAUUAUAAAAUUUCAGCCAGCUGAAUGGUAUAAAAGCCGUAUUAACGGAAGCCAAGCAAUCGAUUUCGUAUGAAAUCAAACAGACAUCUCAGCGGCAUUGAAAUGGUUAAUAAUGAAUGUGAUUCGUCAAUACACCCGACAUUUAACAACAAUUCAUUGACACCUUGCGAGCUCCUAACUGUAUUAUCUUUGAUCAAUGCCUUGUAUUUAUUAAACACUUGUAACCGCUUUACGUCCGGUUGUUACCAAUUUCUUUUUUUAUCGCUGUAAGCCCGUUCGAUACGAAGACAAAUUUCCUACCAAUUUGUAUAAAAAAAUAAUCGAAUAAUACCUUAAAUGUACUAUAAAAUGCAUUUUAAAACAAGCCAUGGCAACAGUAUAAAUACCGCUUCGAAAUGAAAAUGAACCGUAACAAAACACAGACUGCACGUUUUAUAGUUAGUUCCUAAUAAUUUAGAAUGGCAAACAGCAUUAGUUUUUGCACUAACGUGAUUAAUUGCAACGGUUAUGUAUUAACUCGACGUAGUACUGAACAAAAACUUGUUCUAUUCCAGGUAUAAACUUAACAAAAAAUGGCGUGGAUAUGGAGGACACAAAAAUGAUAGACAACCAAAUCAUUGUGAAGAGAGAAACCAAAACUCCCCCGCCAGUAGCGCGAGUACCGUCCCCUCCGCGCACACCAUGCAAGGCGCCCCCCUCCCCGCCGGUGAACACGCACACCAAGCCGCCGUACUCGUUCUCCUGCCUGAUCUUCAUGGCCAUCGAAGCCGCACCCGCUAGAGCUCUUCCCGUCAAAGAGAUUUAUGCGUGGAUCGUGCGGCACUUUCCGUACUUCCGACACGCGCCCCAGGGCUGGAAAAACAGUGUGCGGCAUAAUCUCUCGCUAAAUAAGUGCUUCCACAAGGUUGCGGCUGCACCGGGUCUUGGUAAAGGCUCACUUUGGACAGUAGACCCGCAGCAUCGUGCUUCAUUACUACAGGCAUUCGGGCGGCAGCCCAUCCCCGCGGCGGGGGAGGUGGAGAUGAGCUCGGGCGGCGAGGCGGCCGAGCCCGAGCGAGCCUCGCCCGAGCGCGGCGAGCGGCCCGAGCGAGGCGAGCGGCCCGCGCGCGCGGCCCUGCUGGCGCGGCGGCUGGCCGAGCCCGAGCCCGGCGCCGACGAGUACCUGGCCGCCGCCACCGUGCUCGCCAUGAAGUACGGGCCCGCCGUGCUCGACCAGUUGCCGCCGGCGGCGCACCUGGUGAUCUCCCGCUGCGCGCGCGACGAGCACUCGUACAGCGGCGGCGAGGAGCGGCGCACGGCCGAGGCGCUGCUGAACCUGGCCGGCGUGCAGCCCGCGCCGCCGGCCCCGCCGCCCCGCACGCGCCGCCCGCCACGCACGCGCAGCCGGCGCACAGCUAGCCGCGCCCGCGCGCCCGCCGAUAACUCCACGCUUCCAGACUUCGCCGGUAUGGACUUGUAUACUCGUAAGACAUGA